UUACUACCGGGCUAAACCAGCUCCAUGGUUAUAUCGUACUGGGCCAAAGCGGAUGCAGCCCACGAAAUUAUUUACUCGGCGGAAAAAACCCCUAACCUAGGUAUAAUGUUUGCAAUUCUUCGUCUCCCCCUUCUUCCAUCGAAAGCAGAAAGAGGAGCGAGAAGCCGCCACUCUAAGCCAUCUGCAUCCUGCGCGCCGACCUAACGAAGGUGAAGCUCUCCAGAAUAGACCCACCUCUUUGAAGCUAUAUUUGGAACAAGUUUCCUCAUUAUGUUUUCGUUCCAUUUAUGCUGAAUGUGAUUUUGAUAUGAGUUCUUGUUCUUGGUCUCUUCUGACGGCAGGCUAAGGACCAAAAUGGCGACAUAUGCUGCGAUUAAGCCUGCAAAGGCUGGGAUUGAGGAGCCACAAGAGCAAACUCACAAAAUCAGGAUCACUCUUUCCUCCAAGAACGUGAAGAACCUCGAGAAAGUUUGCGGUGAUUUGAUUCGCGGUGCCAAGGACAAGAGGUUGAGAGUUAAGGGUCCAGUGAGAAUGCCCACCAAGACUCUUCUUAUUACCACCAGGAAGUCUCCUUGUGGUGAAGGAACCAACACCUUUGACAGAUUUGAGCUCCGUGUUCACAAGCGCAUCAUCGACCUGUUCAGCUCCCCUGAGGUGGUGAAGCAGAUUACCUCCAUCACCAUCGAGCCAGGUGUUGAGGUGGAAGUCACAAUCGCUGAUGCUUGAGAAUGUCCCCUGUUUGGCUUCGUGUUUUGGCUUCUUAAGUAGUUUAUUGUAGUACGGGUCAGUCCGAGUUGGGAAGGUGUUGGAUGUUUUACAUGUUAUUGAAAAGUAUGUUCCAGCCAAUACUGCUUAGAGGCUAUGGUAGUACGAGCUGUGUACCUGCUAUUGUUUUGCAUUUCAAGAGAUUCUGUUAAUGCAGAAAAAGAAUUUUGCUUCACAAGUUAUCUGUUGAUUUUGUUGAAAUGUUGAAUCGGCAUGAGAAUGGAGGUAUGUACAUUGUCGAUGGUUUUCGCUUUCUUGAACUACAUAUUCUCCGAGUUAAGAAUGUUAUGCUCGCAAGGAGCAGACUUUUAACUGGGUGUUUGGUUCAGACUAGAAAAACUACAUCAUGUCUCAGUUACAGCACUACUACUCAACUCAACCUCACAGCUAUCUGGUGCUCUUAUUGCUCGCGAACCUAAAUGGUUUUGGUUUCUGCCAAAGAUAAGAGAUGCCAACAUCUGCAAGAUAAAGGACGCCAAGUUCUGAGCUAUGCAUCCAACACUG